CACUACAGCACAGUCUCACCCUCUUUGGAGUUGCAAUCUUUGGAAGUCGUAAGUUAGCUUCAUCGACUGUUUUUAGUUUUUUUUAAAUUAUUAUUAUUUAUUCCAGUGGGUUAAAUCUAUUAUUUGACACUGGGGUAGUUUAUUUUACCGCUGUUUUCGGGGUGUGUGACAAUCUCUCAACAACAGCAGCAUCACAACAACAACAAGAGCUCUACUUCCGGUUUUAGACUCCAGCAUCAUUUGAGGGAUUUGCUUUAUCAGCAGGUCAGUGGUUUCAUUUGGCUUUUGUUGAAUAAUAAUAGUCCACUCUGCUGCUGUUUUCCCGACUGCCUGCAGCCGAAAACAGAGUACAAUCAGCGGACUGUCACAAAUAGGCUCGGCGUCAGGUUUUAGUAUGAACGACGUGGAGGUGUUUCACGAGAAGCAGCGCUUGGAGCUGUGCGCCAUACAUGCGCUCAACAACGUGCUCCAGGAGCGGGUGUUUACCAAGGAGACAGCCGAUGACAUCUGUAAACGGUUAGCUCCACAGUGUGUGGUAAACCCCCAUCGGUCAGUAUUAGGCACAGGAAACUACGACGUUAACGUGAUCAUGGCAGCACUACAGAGCCGAGACCUGGCCGCCGUGUGGUGGGACAAACGCAGGACGGUUCAGAGUCUCUGCAUGUCAAAGGUCCAGGGUUUUAUUCUCAACGUUCCCUCCCGAGUGUCUCUGGGCAUCGUGUCCCUCCCGCUCCGGCGGCGGCACUGGCUGGCGGUCCGGCAAGUUAACGGACAGUACUACAACCUGGACUCCAAACUGAAGGGUCCCGCCUGCAUCGGGGGAGAAGCAGAGCUACGAGCAUUUCUCAGCGAGCAGCUGUCCCAGGAAGUGGCAGAGAUGCUUCUGGUGGUCCGACGGGACGUGGAGGAGGACGGGUCAUGGUUAAACCCCGACAGCCCAAACAACUGAUCCAUUUUUUUCUUUUUUUAAACAAAGCUCCUCGGGGAAAACUACA